AUGAAUCGUUUGACGAAAUGGUUGCAGAAAGAUCAAGAAGAGGCCGUCACGAGAAGCCGUCGACGAGCCUUGAUGAUGUCUGCCGCUGCCUUGCAAAUCCAAAAUCUGGAAGAUGAGGAUUCACAAUGGGGUGGUUCUUCAGAAGGUCGUACCUAUAAGGCCAGGGAUCGAGAGCUGAUGGAUCUUCGACUCAAAGCUCAAUACUUCACGGAUCCGUGCAGGUAUGAACCAAACAUUUUUCGCAGGCGAUAUAGAAUGCAACCUUGGGUCUUUGACAAGAUGAUGCGCGACGUGGCCAACUACGACCCAUAUUUUGUUCAAACAAGAGAUGCUUGUGGGAGACUCAGCUUAUCCACUGAACAAAAGCUGACAUGCACCAUGAGAAUGCUCGCGUAUGGCAUCACAGCUGAUUUCUACGAUGAUUACCUAGAUAUUGCGAAGUCUACUGCCAUUGAGAUUUUUGAGCACUUCACAAAAGCAAUCUGGAAUGUGUACCAUGAGACUUACCUCCGCCGACCAACACCGGCAGAUUUGCGACGGCUGCUUGACAAAGCUGCAGAACGGGGAUGA